ACUGUGCUGUCUUUUCUGUUUCCGCCUGCUGCAGCAUCAACGAAAGGGAAAGUUGCGUCUCCAAGUAAGAUGACGAUGUCAAUUCAAGGCUCCAGACGACAUCAUCCAUCUGUCGGAAGAUCAGGGGAAAAAUCGAGACUGGCACACUCUGACCUGGUCACUGAUAGCAGGAAACGGGCAGUGAAAUCGACAGGAAAUAUGGGUCAGACUCGGGUUUCUGCUGUGCAUAUCGAAAAACCACCUAUACGUGCAAGCACCAGAUAUGGACUUGGGUUGACGUCGUCCAUAGAAACGGGCUUACACAGUUCUAGAUCUGUCGAUUUUAAACCAUGUAGGACAUUCGCGGACAAAGUAGGGACUAAUUUGUUGAAAUCUUUUGAGAUGGAAGGUAUUACUCAAAAUAGUGGCUUGAAAGCAGCAUAUUCACAGGAUUCUUGUAGUUUAACCCCAGAACACCAUCAAAAAAACAAUUCCCAAACUGCACCAAGAAAAGAUUCCACCAAAGAAACAAAAUUUAGCCCUGUAUCGUCGAAGAUUUCUAGUCUUCGUACACCAUCCCAACACAUCGGUUUCUUUGAUAUGAAACAGCAGAAAUCGGAGAAAGCAAGAUAUGAAAAAGACGGAAACAAACAUUCCAACAAAGGGCAGAGAAAAACCGAGCUGCAAACACAAAGUCUCGACUUAGAAGAAAAGGAGAAUGUUGUCGAUCCUGAGGGUACGGUGAUUGAGGUUCGUAUGAAGAAGGCUCAGUUAGGUGCUAAUGGCUCCUCUUCGCAGAAAAGUUUGCUUAGAACGCAAAGGUCUAAAAGACAAACCAUGUUAAGCCCCGCUAAGUCCAAGACUCCGUCUUCUGCCAAAGGUUCGGUGUUGAAACGAAGCGCUUUCUUUUAAGCUGACUAGGCAUCUAAAAUGUUCAUUAUAAGUUGAAAAAACUCUGGUUUUAUGAUUAUGUAUUAAGGUAAGAAUUGAUUCCAUUUUCUGAGUUUUGAUUAAUGUAAAGUCAAUAGUUUGAUUUGUUGAU